AUGUCGGUCGCAUGCCUGCUGGUAUUCACUGUGGGCACCGCCAGUGCCAUUAUCCUGGCCUAUUGUAUGUACUAUGAUAGAAAGCGUCGCCUUGACCCGGCCUACAGACGGAAGGUGCACGAGCGCCGUCAACGGGAUGAGAUCGAAAUGUUGAAGUAUCGCCUGAUCAGAGACAGCGAGUGGGCGCUGAGCGAUUUCAUGUGCGAUAGCAGUGCUUAUAUGACACUGGAGCGCUGCUUUCUCGACGAGAUCAAGGUGGGGGAGGUGCUGAUUACCCAGGGCAACAUAUCCGAUGGCCUCAGCCAUUUGGCCAAUGCAAUCAUGAUGUGCGCCCAGCCGACGCCAGUGUUGCACACGUUGAAGGAAUCGCUGCCGGAUCGUGUCUUCAUGCCGUUGAUCAUGAAACUGCAUGAGCUGCAGAGCUAUGAGGGCACCUCCACAUCCAGCUCCAACAAGGAGGACUCGUCCAGCUAUCCAGACUUCAGCCAAAAUGGCUCCGAUACCGAAAGGGGAAGCAUAGAAGCUUAA